GAACACAACUCCAGCCAGACAUAGGUCGUAGUCAACGAACCAAAUGACGGCCAAAUUUAGGCAACGUACUCAAUUGCAUCUUUUGACUGGAUUCAUAGCGGGUUUUAUUAGUGCCUUUGUGUUGCUUAUCUAUGUGUACGAUGUGAACCAUACGAGUUCUUGUUGGCCCAGCACUGUGCCUAUAACAACAACCAAAAAUGAAUUGUUUUUAACUCAGCCCAGGAUUGAAUCCUUGACCAUUGGACCACGAGUACUCUGCAUGGUGCUAACGUGCCCAGAAAAUUUGGAACGUGAAGCCAAAAAUGUGUAUGGAACGUGGGGAAAACGUUGUAGUAAAUUAAUCUUUGCCAGCAGUGAAAAUUAUGAGCCCUUGAGUGUGGUGCAGGUGGUUGAGGCCGAUGGUGGUUCAUAUGCUGAUUUGUGGAAUAAAACGCGAGAAGGAUUUCGUUAUGUUUGGCAAGUAUAUGGACAGGAUUAUGAUUGGUUUCUCAAGGCAGACGAUGAUACCUAUGUCAUUAUGGAGAAUCUUCAGUACAUGCUAAGCUAUUAUGAUCCAGAUAUGCCAGUCUAUUUUGGCUACAAAAUGACACGAUAUAAUGUGAGCUACAUGUCGGGCGGUGCUUCUUAUGUUCUAAGUCGCCAGGCACUGAAUCGUUUUAUGCUUCAAGCUUAUCCAUCGGAAAUCAUUUGCCCUCGGCCCAAGAAAAUGGGUAUUGAAGAUUUCUAUAUGGGCAUUUGUUUGCAAAAUGUUGGAGUUCAUCUAAUAGACUCAUCGCAGGCACUGGAGGCCGACGACAAGCCAAAAUUUAUGCCACUAGAUCUAGAGGAUUAUUUAUUAUCAUCCAAUUCGAGUAGUCUUCCAGAUUGGUUACAUUUGAUGAGUUUAUCGGAGGUCAAAACUGGUUUUAAUUGUUGCUCCAAACAUUCCAUUGCCUUUCAUUAUACUAGCCCAGAACGCAUGUAUCUAUAUGAGUUUUUACUGUAUCAUUUACAAAUUUUUGGACAUCACAUAAGAACUGAGCCUGUUCUAAAGCAAAUCAGCUAUGUUGAGUUGACAGAAAGAUUUCCUCUUGAAAAUAAUUCAGUUAUUACAAAUUUACAGGAAAUGUCUGAGAAACCGAAUAACUUUUAAUUUGUUAAAAAAGUUUUCAGAUAAGAUUGUCAGUGCAUUUAAAACGCGGCCUGUCAAACUGUAAAAGCUUUGCGUGCAACCAAAAACGAAAGACUUAAAACACAAACUUUUUGUUGACAAUGUGGGGCAUACUUUUGGGCGGGUAUAUUGUUAACUUGUUUAAAAUAUUUGUAACUAACGAAACUUAUAGAUUUUAAAUAAUAACU